GAUGCCCAUUGUGAUGUCAUAUGAAGUCACAGCCUUGAGGCAGAAAACUCUGGCUGAGAAGAGCAUGGGAUUGAGAAAUGGCACCAAUUUGGGGGAUGGACGUCCCACUGCCAUCAGAUAUCAGCCUUCUAUUAUUGUUUGUUUUUUUUAUUUGGGGGCUUUGGACACUGUUUUCCAGGAAUCGGAGCUGGAAGCAGGUGGCAGCCAAGAUAAACUCAGAGACUUCAAAGCAGCAUAGAUUGAAAAAGAUCCAGAAGUUAACAGGUCAGAGAGAUCCUAUCCUUUACUCUUCAGCUCAAGAUCCACAGUGGGAAGAAAACCUCAGGAUGGCUUGCACUGAAGCUAACCUGACAUGUGUUUCAGAACUCCAUGUGGGCUGGACCCAGGAAUAUGUACUCUGGUCAAUGGAGCGGAGCCUUCAACAGAUCUUCCGAUACCUAGAAAGCGCAAGAUCAAGGCUUAUGGAACAGGAUUUGCCUGAAUCACAGGAUAUGAUUUCUUCCUCUACCACCUCUGUUCUUGUGGCUCAGAAGACUGUUCUAUGCUGUUGUGACUAUAAGAAAGCAAAACAUUCUACUGACCACAGCAUCUCCUUUAGUUCAUCAUGCAAUGACUCCAGUCUGUCUCAUCUUCCUGUCUUUUCUGAAGGAACAACUUGGGAAUUCCGGAGCCAUAGUUUACCUAUUUCCCACAAAAAGCAAUCCUCUGUGUUCGGGAACCAAGGCACAACCCUGCCUCUUUUUCAGCUCUCAGAGCCCCAGAAAUCAAAACUUUUUCAGAAUUUGGCAGAUCUUUCACCCUUACAACCUCAGAGCUCUUUUAUCAACUCUAUUUCUGAACCCCUAAAUAUCUGCAAACAAAAAAGGAAAAAAAAUGAUGACAGAAUGAGCAAGAGUCAUUUGACAUCAGAUCAUGAGCCAAAUUCUGUUUCCAAGGAGAGACCACGACUUCCAAGGUGGGCUACAUUCAAGCUCUCUCCUUCAGUUAGAAGGGAGCUAGAAGAACAUAUGUCUCAGAAGGUUUUUGCUUUGCGGCAACAAACAGCACCUUUACCUUUGAGGAAAUCAUGGGCAAUGCUGAAUUAUAUAACUGAAGUACAAGGAGGAGUUGCUGAAUCAGAGAAACCCCAAACUCAGUUAUCUAUGCCCAUUCAUCAAAACACUGAGCAAAAUAUCAACAACAAAUCCUCAGACCUUCCAUCAUUUCAGCUCCAUGUGAAUGCUGGAGUGGGAUCUGGAUCAAAUAGCACAGAAACAAAACUUUCACAGUCACUUAUCUCAGAUAAGCAGUUACAACCUGGGGAUGGCCCCCAAAUCCUUGGAUUCAAGCCUUUAGUUACAUCAAUGGGCAGUCUACCUCCAAGAAGUUUAGAACUUAAUGUAAUUCAAGAGGAAACUCCUUUACUGAAGAAUGAUCCAAAACAUGUGCUAGAGCUUAGUAUAGAGGAGAGGGUCAUAGGUUUUCCAGAAAAAAGGAUACAGCAGCACAAGACACAAGUGACUAAUGUGGAGUUGACCCCAAGGCUAUCAUAUCAAGUCAAAGAUAGCCUAAAGGUAACUCCAUUGGCACUACUUCGGGUCAUGGAUUCAAUGGGGAUGAUCCCAGAAUCACAUUCAGAAUUUGCGGGUUUGUUCCCACAGCUGCCAAGUCAAGUUGUGAAACCAAUGGAAACCAUGGAAACAGUGAGCAUAACCCCCAAACCACCAAAUCAAGUCAUUCAAUCAAUGGAGGCAGCCCCAAGGUCUCAGCACCAAGUUAUGGAAUCAGAGACGGUGGCCACAAGAUUACUGAAUCAAGUCACAGAUAAUAAGAAAGUAACUCCUGUAGCACUGCUUCAAGUUAUGGAUUCUAUGGGGAUGAUUAACAAAUCACAUCCAUGUAUAGAAUCAGUGGGAACGACUCCAACACCACGAUAUCAAGUCAUAGAGUCAGUGAAAAUGAACACAUUGUUGAACCAUCAAGCCACAAAACCAGAAAAGAUGAAUCUAAGGCCACAACAUGCAGUUACGGAAACUGUGGAAAUGAUGCCAGGGCCACAGCAUAAAGUCAUGGAAUCUGCGGGCAUGACCUCAGGGUCACAAAGUCAAGUCAUGGAACAAGGAAAGGCUACUCCAGGGCUAAUAUGUCAAGACACAAAAUCACUGGAAAUGAUCUCAGCACCAUUACAUCAAGUCAUGGGUUACGUGAAAGGAAUUCCAGUGGCACUAUUACAAGCCAUGGAUUUCAGGGGGAUAAUUCCACCAGCACAGCCACAUGUUAUAGAAUCUGGGGGCUUGACCCCAAGUUCACAGUUGCAAGGUAGGAGAUCUGUUCAUCUGGUCCUACCACCAGAGUUUCAAGAUAUAAACACUGUGGAGCUGACCCUAAGACCGCCAACGGAAGAUACAAAAUCUGCGGAGUUGGCCCCAAAGCCAUGGUUACACGAUGUCAGAUCUGAGAAGGUAGCCCCAGUACUAUUGCUUGAAGAUGUGAAAACUCCUCAAAUGGUGGAAUGUAGGAGGUCAAUUCCUGAGACACAGGUGCAAGGUAUGAAAUAUGGGGAAUUGAACAAAGGGACACAAUUUAAGGAAGUAAAAGCUGCAGAGAUGAGCCCCAAACAAAAUCAUGAAGCCACAGAGCCUGAAAGAUUGACCCCAUGGCAUCAAGCCUCAGAAUCUUUAGAGAUGAUCUCUGGACCAGGAUAUCAAGGAAAAGAAGCAAAGUUGACCUCUGACAACUGUCACCAAGUGGGAAAAUCUAUUGGGUUGACACAACCAUCUUUAGGAACUAGCCCAGGGCCACUGAGCCAAACUUCAGAAUCUGUGGAGAUGAGCUCAGUGUCAUUCCAAGACAUUCUCAAGACAAUGCACCAACUUGGAAAAGCAAUGGGGGAAACUCCAGUAUCACAACACACAACAAAAGAAUCUCUGGAUUUGAUACCAGGAUCAGAAAUGCAAAGUGUGAAAUCAGAGGGGGUGACCACAGAGCCACAGCCCCAUGAUAUGAAGUUUGUUUACUGCAAUCUAGGGCCAUGUUCAGAAGUUACUGAGUUGUCAGAGAUACCCCCCAUGUCAGAAUAUAAAGAAACUGUGGGGUUGGCAUUGCCUCAAGUUGAUAAGACCCAGGGGGUCAUCCCAGUACCACCACAUUCAGAAACACGAUUUUUGGAGUUGACUCUAGGACCAGGCACUCAAUAUGAGAAAUCAGAGCCACUACUGCAAAAUUUGAAAUCUAUGGAGUUAACCAGUGAGUCAUCUCCAUUAUUGAUAGGAUCUAAAAAGUUAAUUACAGAACAAAAACCACAUGUUAUGGACCUGACCCCAGGGCCACAGCUCCAGGGAGAGAAGUCUAAGCAGCUGGAUCUAGAGUCACAGUUGCAAGAUAUGAAACACAUGAAUUUAAUCCAACAGUCAACUACAGGAGUGGUAGAAUCUGAGGAGAUGAUGCCAGAGCUACUGCUACAAAGUAUGCCAUUGGAGGAUUUGACUAAGAGGGAAGAGCUCCAACGUGUAAAAUCUGUGGAUUUAAAUCUAGGCCCAUCUCAGCCAAGUGUCAAAUCUUCUGGACUGACCUCAGGGCCACAGUUGCCAAGUGUCAGAUUUUCAAAGAUAUUUCCAGGACCACUUCUUCAAGGCGAAAAACCUGUAGAAUUAAUCUCACAACCCCCACAUUAUGGUGUGAAAUCUGAUGAAUUGACCUCAGAUUCCCCAGUUCAGGACAUCAAAUUGUCAGAUUUUAUCCCAGAGCCAACACAUCAAAGUGUCAAAUUUGUACAGCUGACUCCAGAAUCACAACCUCAAGAUGUGAAAUUUGUGGAACUAAGCCCAGGACUAUUCUUGCAAGAUGUCAAAUUUUCUGAUUUGAUCCCAGAGCCAAAGCAUCAAGGUUUCAAACAUAUGCAGUUGACACCAGGAGCUCAGCUCGAAGAUAUAAAGUCUCUAGAUUUUGUACCAGAGUCAUCUUUGCAGUCAAACCAAGGGACACAUAUUGAAGAUAUGAAAUCUGUUCUGUCUACUGAAGGAUCACAGUUUCACAGCAUGAAAUCUGCGAAAUCGACCUCAGAACUACCAUUUCAAAGUGUAAAAUCUGAGGAAGUAAACCUGGGGCCAUGGCAGCAAGAUAUCAAAUUUUCUGAAUUGACUUCAAGGCCAAAGCUGCAAGGUGUCAAUUCUGCGGAUCAAACUCCAGGAUCAAUGUUUCAUAGUGUGAAUUUUGUAGAGGUGGUUCCAAAGUUAGGGCUGCAAGAUUCCAAAUUAGGAAAGAUAUUUCCAGGAACUCAAAGUAUGAAACAGGUAGGGCUUAACCCAGAGCUGCAGCUACAAGAUGUCAAAUGUUUUGAUUUAGUACCAGGAACUCAACCUCAAGGUGUGAAAUCUUUAGAGUUAAACUCAGGGCCACAGCUACAAUGUGUAAAAGUUUUAGAGAUGACCCCAGGGCCAAAGAUGCAAGGGGUACCACCUGUGACAAUGGCUCCAGGGCCAGAGGGGGAACGGGUUAAGCCUGAGUUGUUAGUACCAGAGCCACUGUUUCAAGGUGUAAAAUAUGUAGCAGGCAACCAAGAACCAAGCCUUGAAGCUGAAGUUUCCUAUAAAUUAGUCUCAGAGCCACAAAUGCCAGAUGCAGAAUCCAUGGAGUUGACUCCUGGGCCACAGUUGCCCAGUGUAAAUCAUUCUGAGUUGACCAGACAACCACAGUUACAAGGUAUUAAAUCUUUUGAAUUGAUACAAAGACCACAGUUACAAAACGUAAAUCCUGUGGAGUGGAGCCCAAUCUUGAAACUUAAAGGUUUCAGAUCUGAAAAGCUAACCUCAGAGCCACAGCUAGAAGAUAUGACAUCUGCGGAAUUAAUCCCAGGGCCACAUUUGGGAGAUGUGAAAACUAUGCAGUUAACACCAGAGCCAGAAUUGGAAGAUGUCAAAUCUAUGACGUUAACCCCAGAGCCACAGGCAGGAGGUGUAAACCUUGAGGAGGUAAGCCCGGGCUCAAAGCUUCAAUCUGAGUUGCUGACUUCAGGAUCACAGUUGGAAGAUAUGAAAUCUGUGACCUUAACUCCAGGACCAUGCCUGGAAAGCAUGAAAUCUAUGGAGAUAACUCUAAGUCCACAGCUGGAAGGUGGGAAAUCUGUGGCGAUAACCUUAGGGUCACAGACAGAAGAUGUCAAAUCUGUGGAAUUCACCCCUGAUUCCGAGCUUCAAGGUGUAAAAUCUGUGGAGUUGACUCCAUGUUCAAGAAUUCAAGAUUUAAAAACUGAGGAGUUGGUCCUAGGUACACAGCUGCAAGAUAUGAAAGCUGCUAAAUUAAAACUUGGGCUAAAGAUGCAAGGUAAGAAGUCUAUGGCUUUUGCACCAGGGCCAUUGCUUCAAGGGGUUAAAUCUAUGGAGACGCUUCAAAGGCCUCAGCUACAAAGUGUGAAACCUGAAGAACUGACCUCAGUCCCACAAAUGCAAGAUAUGAAAUUUGUGGAGAUUACUCCAUGUUUCAAGCUUCGAAGUUUAAAAUCUAUAAGGGAGACUCAAGAUCCACAUCUGCAAUGUGUAAAACCUGUAAAGUUGACCCCAUGGCAAAAGAGGCAGGCAGUAAAAUUUGUGAAUAUAACCAGAGGAGAAGAGUUUGAAGAAGUAAAAUCUGUGGAUUUAGCCCUAAAGCAACAGUUUCAAGGGAUGGCACCUGUGGAUUUAACCCUUGAGCCUGAACAGGAUGGUCAGAUAUCUGUAAACUCACAAGAGCAGCAAUGUGUGAAUUUUGAGCAAGUAAAGAAAGGGUCUGAGUCAGAAGGUGUAAUGUCUUUGGAGUUAAUUCCAGAGCCAAAAUCUGAAGGUAUAAAAUCGGUAGACCUCAAGUCUGACCUACAGUCGAAAGGUAUAAAAUCAUCUGAAUUGACUCCAGAAUCAAAUAUGCAAGAUGUAAAAGCUAAAGAGUUCAAACAUGAACCACAGUUGCAAAGUAUGAAAUCUCCCAAGUUGACCCCAGGACCACAGUUGCACCAAGUGAAACCCUUGGGCUCGACUGUAGAGCCACAGAUUCAAAGUGUGAAAAUUGUGGAGUUAAACAAAGAGCUAGAGCUUGGAAGAAUGAAAUCUGUUCAGUGGAUAACAAGACCUGAGUUCCAAGGUCUAAAAUCUGUAGGGUUAAAUCUUGGGUCACAAUCUCGAAGUGUCAAACCUGCAAAAUUGAAACUUUCCAUACAGUUGGGAGAUAUGAUAGCAUCUAAAUUGGUUCUAGAGCCAAAACUUCAAGGUGCAAAACCUAUGGAGUUUAACCGUGGGCCACAGUUGCAGUGUGUAAAAACCUCUGAGUUGUCUUCAGGACCACAGCUGCAAAAAGGGAAAAUGCCAGCAUCCACCUCAGAGCCACAACUUCAAGGUGUGAAAACUGUGGAGUUAAACCAAGACUCACAGCUUACAAGUGUGAAAUCUGUGCAGUGGAUACCAGGACCUGAGUUCCAAGGUGUAAAAACUAUAGGGUUAAAUCUUGGUUCACAAUCUCAAGGUGUCAAACCUGGAGAAUCGAAAUCUUCCAUAGAGUCAGGAGGUGUAAAGUCAUCUCAACUGACUCUAGGGCCAAAACUUCAAAGUGUAACAUCUAUGGAGUUUAACCUUGGGUCACAGUUGCACUUUGUGAAAGCUCCUGAGUUGUCCCAAGGACCACAGCUGCAAAAAGGGAAAAUUCCAGCAUCGACCUCAGAGCCAUAUUUUCAGGGUGUGAAAACUGUAGAGCUAAACCAAGACUCACAGCUUGGAAGUGCGAAAUCUGUGCAGUGGAUAUCAGGACCUGAGUUCCAAGGUGUAAAAACUGUAGGGUUGAGUCCUGGUUCACAAUCUCGAGGUGUCAAGCCUGCAGAGUUGAAAUCCUCCACAGAGUCGGGAGGUGUAAAAUCAUCUGAAUUGACUCUAGGGCCAAAACUUCAAGGUGCAAAACCUGUGGAGUUUAACUUUGGGCCACAGUUGCAAUGUGUGAAAACUCCUAAGAUGUCCCGAGGACCACAGUUGCAGAAAGGGAAAAUUCUGGCGUCAACCUCAGAGCCACAGCUUCAAGGUGUAAAAGACGUGGAGUCAAACAAAGACUCACAGCUUGGAAGUGUGAACUCUGUGCAGUGGAUACCAGGACCUGAGUUCCAAGGUGUGAAAUCUGUGCUAAAAUGUGGUUCACAAUCUCGAGUUGUCACAACUGUAGAAUUGAAACCUUCAGUACAAUUAAGAAAUGUGAAGUCAUCUGAGUUGACUCCAAGGCCAAAGCUCCAAAGUAUACAACCUUUGACAUCACUCCAGGAACAUCAGUUGCCAGGGCUCAAACCUAUUGCUUUGAAAUCUGGGCUACAGUUGAGAAGUGUGAAAUCAUGUGGCCCAAUUUCAACAUCAAAGCUCUGUGAUAUAAAAUCUAUGGCAUUCAAACCUGGGCUUCAUUCACAAGAUGUGAAAUCUUCUGAGUUGACCCCAAGACCACAGCUGCACAAAGUGAAACCCUUGGAGGCAUGCCCAGGAACACAGCUGCAAGAUGUGAAGUCUCCAGCGUUUACACAAGCACCACAGUUUUCAGGGGUGAAAUCUGGAGUAUUAAGCCAAGAGCUACCACUACAAAGUGAUAAAACUGUAGCGCUGAACUCCUUACUACACUUGAAAAGCAUGAAAUCAUCUGAAUUGGCUCAUCAGACAGAACUUCCAGGUAUGAAAUCUGAGGAGUUCAACUCUGGGCCACAAUGGCAAUGUGUCAAAUCUUCUAAGUUGAACCCUAAGACAAAGUCCCAAGACAUGAAGUUUAGAGAGUUAAAUCCCAGUUCACAAUUGAAAGAUAUCCCAUAUUCUGAUUUGACCACAAGGACCAAGAUUCAAGGUGUCAAAUCUACAGACUUCAAACCUGGGCCACAGUUGCAAGGAGUGAAAUCUUCUGAGUCGAUACUGAAGACAAAGCUUCAAGAAGUGAAAUUAAUGGAAUGCAACUCAGGCCCACGGUUGCAAGAUUUGAAAUCUUCUAGGUUGAUCAUGGGUAUAAAGCGUCAAGACAUUAAAUUUAUGGAUUUCAGUUCUGGACCACACUUACAGAGUGUGAAAUCUUCUGAAGUGAUUCCAGGGGGAAAGCUUCAGGGUGUGAAAUCGGUAGAAUUCAAACCUAGUCCAAAGUUACAAAGUGAGAAAUCUGAUUUGACCCUGGGGAGGAAGUUUCCAGGUGUGAAAUCUGUAGAGCUGGAAUCAGGCCCACAGUUACAAGAUAUAAAAUCUUCUGAUCUGAUCAUGGGUAUAAAGCUUCAAGAUGUAAAAUUUAUGAAGUUCAGUUCUGGACAACACUUUCAAGGUAUAAAAUCUUCUGAGGUAACCUCAGGGACAAGGCUUCAAAGUAUGAAAUCAAUGGAUUUCAAUUCUGGACAACAGACACAAAGUGAAAAAUCUUCUGAGUUGAUUCAGGGAACAAACCAUCAAGAUGUUAAAUCUGUAGAAUUCCACCAUGGUCUAAAGUUACAAGGUGUGACAUCUUCUGAGUUAACACCAGAGACAAAGCUUCAAGGUGGGGAAUCUGUGGAGUUCAACUCGGGCCCACAGUGGCAAGAUACAAAAUAUUCUAACUCAAUAAUGGGGACAGAGCUUCAAGAUGUAAAAUCUAUGGAGUUCAGUUCUGGAUCACACUUGCAAGGUAUGAAAUCUUCUGAAGUGAUCCCAGCGACAAAGCUUCAAAAAGUGAAAUCUGUGCUCAUGCCUAGGCCAAUGCGGCAAGAUGUGAAAUCUUCUGAAUUGACUGUAGGUACAAAGGUACAGGAUAGGACAUCUUUGGAGUUAAGCUCAACUUCACAGUUACAAGAUAGAAAAUUAUCUAUGUUGACACCAGGGAUACACCUUCAAGGUGUGAAAUCUGUAGAAUAUAAUCCUGGGGCAAAGUUGGAAGAUAUGAAAUCUGGGUUGAUAAAGCUUCAGAUGGUGAACUCUACAGAAGGCAACCAUGACCCAGAAUUGCAGGUUGCAAAACUCUCUAAGUUGGCCUUGGAAUCAAAGAUUCAUAGUGUGGCACCUUCUGAGUUCAAUGCUGAAAAGCAGCAGCAAGAUGAGAAAUCUCAUAAAUUGAAUCCAUGGCCAGACCCUCAAAGUGUAAAAUUUAUGUUGUUCAAUCCUGAGCCACAUCUGCAACAUAGAAAAUCUUCAGAAUUAUGCACAGGGACAAAGCUUCAAGAUGUAAAAUCUAUGAAAUUCAAUCUUCAGCAACAGUUGCAAGGUGUGAAAUCUUCUGAGUUGUGCCUAGGAACAAGGCUUCAAGGUACACAAUCUUUAGAUUUCAACCCUGGACCACAGUUGCAAGGAACACAAUCUGCCAAGUUGAAUCCUGGGCCUGAGCUUCAAGGUAUAAAAUCUAAGGUGUUCUGCCUUGGGCCACAUUUGCAAGAUGUGAAUUCUUCUGUAUCCAUUCCAGAGCCACCACAUCAGUGUGUAAAUUCUACUGGGAGCAACCGUGGACUACCUUUGCAAGGUGUAAAUUCUGCAUCCAUUCCAGCACCUAAACUUCAGUGUAUAAGUUCUAAUGCGUGCAUCCCUGGGCCACAUUUGCAAGGUGUGAAUUCUUCUGCAUCUAUUCCAGAGCCACCACUUCAGUGUGUAAAUUCUAUUGAGUAUAAUUCUGGGCCACAUCCACAAAGUGUGAAUUAUUCUGCAUCCAUUCUAGGCCCCAAACUUCAGUGUGUAAAUUCUAGUGGGUGCAACCCUGGGUCAAAUUUGCGAGUCAUGAAUUCUGCAUCCAUUCCAGAGCCACCACUUCCGUGUGUAAAUCCUACUGGGUGCAGCCCAGGGCCACAUUUGCAAGGUGUGAAUUCUGCAUUCAUUCCACAGCCAAAAGCUCACUGUGUAAAUUCUAUUGGGUGCAACCCAGGGCCGUAUUUACAAGGUAUGAAAUCGCCUGAAUUAACUCCAGUUUCAAAACUUCAAGGUAUGAAGUGUUCUGAAUUGAACCCAGGGACAGAAAUUCAAAGUGAGACACCUAUGAUGUUCAACCCUAUACCACAUUUGCAAGGUUUAAAAUCUGAAUUGACUCCAGGGUCAAAGCUUCUACGUGCAGUACCUAUGGAAUGCAACCCUGGGCCACAGGUGCAGUAUGUGAAUUCUUCUGAGUUGAAUCCAGGGCUAAAAUUGCAAUGUAUAGAUUCUAUGGAGUGCAAACUUGCGCCACACUUGCAAGGUGUAGAAUCAGGGACAAAAUUUCAAGUUAUGAAAUUUUCUGAGUUGCAUCCAGGGCCAGAGCUUCAAGGUAUAAAAUCUGUUGUGUUCAACUCUGUGCAACAUUUACAAGAUGUAAAAUGUGAACUGACUCCAGGGACAAAAUUUCAAGAUAUAACACCAAAGGAGUUCAACUCUGGCCCGCAGCUGCAAGGUAUGAAUUCUGAGAAGUUCCAUUCACACCUCAGGCAGCAUAAUGUGAGAUCUGUGGUAUUUGUACCAGAGCCAUGUUCUCAAGAUGUGAAAUCUGUGAAGUCAACUCUAUGGCCACAACCUCAAAGUGUAAAUUCUUCAGGGUUGACAUCAUGCUUUGGGUCACAAUGCGUUAAAUCUGUGGCCUUUGCAUCGAAGCCAUGCUUUCAAGAUGUAAAACCUAUGGAGCUGACACCAGGGGCCCAACAGCAAGGUAUACAUUAUCAAGAGUUGACUUCAGGAUGGCAAGAUGUGAAAUCAAUGAUGUUGGCACCAGAGCCAACUAGGAAGUUCCCAUCAGGAUCACUGUUGACUAGUGUCAGAUUUUCAAAUUUGUCUCCAGAAUCACAGCAACAGGAUGUGAAAUCUUUGGAGUUUACUCUAGAGCCAAAGUUGCAAAGCGUAAAACAUGUGAAAUUAUCUUCAGUGUCUCUGCAGCAAACUAUAAAAUCUGUGGAAUUAGCACCAGGGUCACUGCUUCAAAGAGUGAAAUAUGGGGAGCAAACUCCAAGAACAAAUUAUCAAAUCAUGGAAUCCUCUGAACUAAUCCCUAGACCAGGGCAUCAGUUUGCAAAAUACGCAGAGAUGAUCCCACAGCCAAAGUAUCAAGUCCCUAAAUCUGCAAAUUUGAUUUCAAUACCAAUUUAUCACGCCACAGAAUCUUCAGAAAUGGCACAAGGAUUGGCAUAUAAAGGCAUAGAUACUGUAGAGAAAUCUGUGGGGUUGACCCCAAAGCUAACAGGUAGAGCUAAGGAAUCCUUAGGGAUGCUGCUGCAGCCAGAUCUUCAGGUACCAAAAUUUGUUGAUCUGACUCCAAUGGUAAGGGAUCAAGGCUCAAAAUUCUUAGGAUUAACUCCAGAGAAAAGCUACCAAAUCCUAGAAACUAUGGAAUUGCUCUCUCAGCCACGGCCCCGAGUUAAGGAUGUGGGGCAGUUAUAUAUGAAGCCACUGCAGCAAACUGUGGAAUAUGAAGGGAUUACUCCGGAACUCAAGCAUUACUUUACAGAAGCUAUGGGGUUGACCGCUGAGGCAAGGAUACAAGCAAAUGAAUUCUUAGGAAUGACCCCAAAGCCAACAAGUCAAGCCACUGGAUUUGCAGAGAGAUCCCCAAGGCUCUGUCCUCAAAACUUAGAAUGUGUGGAGGUGAUCUCUGAGAAAAGACUGCAAGGGGAAGAAUCUGUGGUACUGAUUCCAAAGUCAUUACAUCACAUCCCAGAUUCUGCUUCAGGGAUGACACCUGGGUUAGGACAUCGAGUUCCUGAAUCUGUGGAGUUGACUUCUAAGUCAGGAGUGCAGGUAGAGAAAACUUUGCAAUUAACCCCCAAACCACAGCAUCAUGUGGGAUCUCCAGAGAUAAUAUCAGGGUUAGGACAUCAAGUCCCAGAAUCUGUAAAUCUGAUCUGCAAGCAAUGGCUACAAAGGGAGGAAUCUUUAGAGGUGCCCCUGAAGCAAACAAGUCAAGUUAUAGGACAUGAAGAAUCUGUAGAGCUCACCUCUGAGGCAUGGCAGCACAGGGAGGUAUCAAUGGGGCUAACAAAGUCAAAGAAUCAAAGUAUGAAAUCUCCAGGGACAACCCCAGGACCACUGGGUCGAAUUGUAGAAUUUAUGAGGAUUAGUCCAGAGCCACUAGAUCAAGUCACAGAAUCUGCAAGGACACAGCUUCAAGUUGCUCAAUCUGAAGAGGUAAUCCUCGUAGAUGUCCCAAAAGUUGUUCAAUCUGUGAAAGUGACCCCUGGACCACCAUUUCAAAUUGUAAAGUCUGUGACAAUACCAAGGCCAACCCCUCAAAUGGUAGAAUAUAUUGAGUUGACUCCAAAACUGCAACAUGUGAGACCUUCAGAGCACCACGCAGGGCCAUGUUUGCAAGAUGUGAUAUCUACAAAAUUAAUCACAAAGCCAAAACACCAGAUUUUGGAAACAGUGGAGUUGACAGGGUUUCAAAUUGUAAAAACUAUGUUAAUCCCAGGGCCAUCCCUUCAAAUCGUAAAAUCUGAGGAGUUAGCACCAGGACCAAUUCCUCAGGUUGUAGAACCAAUAGGAGUAGCCCUAGAAUCAGGAAUUGAAGCAAUAAAUUGUGUGGAUUUACUUCCAAGGCCACAUCUUCAAGAACUGAUAGUACCUGCAGAAUUAACUCCAAGGCCAUGUAUUCAAGUGAAAUCUGAAGAAUUAACCUCACCGCAAACAUCUCCAUUUGAGGAACAUACAAUAUUGACUCAUAAACAAGGGCUUCAGGCUGUGAAAUCUACAGUGAUAAAAACAGAGUCUCCUAAAGUUAUGGAAACUGAGGAUUUGAAUCUAGGACACGUGUGUCAGAAUAGGGACUGUCAGAAGUUAACAUCAGAAGAGUUACAAGUAGGGACUGACUUCUCUAGGUUCCUACAAAGCUCUUCAACCACACUCAUUUCAAGCUCUGUCAGAACAGCAUCUGAAUCAGGAGGACUUUGGGAUUCUGGGAUACAGGAAGUAUCCAGAGCUUUGGAUAUAAAAAACCCGGGGACAGAUAUUUUGCAGCCUGAAGAGACCUAUAUAGACCCUACUAUGAUACAAUCUUUAACUUUUCCUUUGGCCCUUCAUAAUCAAAGCUCUGAUAAGACAGCUAACAUUGUGGAAAACCCAUGUCCUGAGAUUCUAGGAGUGGAUGUAAUAUCUAAAGAGACAACUAAGAGGAAGCAAAUGGAGGAGCUAGAGAACUCACUUCAGAGACAUCUACCACAAAGCUGGAGAUCACGAUCUAGGACAUUCCAGGCAGAAUCAGGGGUUCAAAAAGGUCUCAUCAAGUUUUUCCCGGGCAGACAACACAAUGUCUGGGAGAGUCAUGCCUGGAGGCAGCGACUACCAAGAAAAUAUCUCUCCACUAUGCUAAUGCUGGGGAAUAUUUUAGGGACCACUAUGGAAAGGAAGCUUUGUUCUCAAACAUCUUUAGCAGAAAGAGCCACUGCAGAUACCUGUCAAUCUAUUCAGAAUUUAUUUGGGAUUCCAGCUGAACUGAUGGAACCUUCCCAGAGCCUGCCAGAGAAGGGUCCAGUUACUAUUUCUCAGCCUUCUGUGGUCAAAAACUAUAUUCAGAGACAUACUUUUUAUCAUGGUCAUAAGAAAAGAAUGGCCUUAAGGAUAUGGACACGUGGCUCCACAUCUUCCAUAAUACAGCAAUACUCUGGGACUAGAGUGAGAAUAAAGAAGACAAACUCAAGGUUCAGUGGUAUAUCCCAAGAAGUCAUUCAACAUAUGCCUGUCUCAUGUGCAGGGGGCCAGCUUCCUGUCCUGGUAAAGUCAGAGUCUUCCCUCAGCAUAUUUUACGAUAGAGAAGAUCUUGUUCCAAUGGAAGAAAGUGAGGACUCACAGAGUGAUUCUCAGACAAGGAUUUCUGAGUCCCAACACUCCCUCAAGCCAAAUUAUCUUUCCCAGGCUAAGACUGACUUCUCAGAACAGUUCCAGUUGCUACAAGAUCUGCAGCUAAAAAUAGCAGCAAAACUCUUAAGGAGUCAAAUACCCCCCGAUGUGCCUCCACCUCUAGCUUCAGGUCUAGUCCUAAAAUACCCUAUCUGCCUACAGUGUGGCCGAUGUUCAGGACUUAAUUGCCAUCAUAAAUUACAGACCACUUCAGGGCCUUAUCUUCUUAUCUAUCCACAGCUCCACCUUGUACGCACUCCUGAAGGCCAUGGUGAGAUUCGGUUGCAUCUUGGCUUUAGGCUGAGAACUGGGAAAAGACCCCAAAUCUCAAAGUAUCGUGAAAGAGAUAGACCCGUCAUACGGAGAAGCCCUAUAUCACCAUCACAAAGGAAAGCUAAAAUCUAUACUCAAGCUUCCAAGAGUCCUACUUCCACAACAGAUUUGCAGUCUGGGCCUUCCCAGUCCCCUGCUCCUGUACAAGCCUACAUCAGGCGAGGACAACGCAGCAGCCCUGACCUAGUAGAAAAGACAAAAACUAGAGCACCUGGGCACUAUGAAUUCACUCAAGUUCACAACCUACCAGAGAGUGACUCUGAAAGCACUCAGAAUGAAAAACGGGCUAAAGUGAGAACCAAAAAGACCUCUGAUUCAAAAUAUCCAAUGAAGAGAAUCACCAAGGGACUUAGAAAACAGAGAAAGUUCUACACAAACAGUAGAACCACAAUAGAGAGUCCCUCUAGGGCAUUAGCAGCCCAUUUAAGAAGGAAGAGGAUUGGAGCAACUCAGACAAGUACUGCCUCUUUAAAAAGACAACCUAAGAAACCUUCCCAACCCAAGUUCAUGCAACUGCUUUUUCAGAGCCUAAAGCGGGCAUUCCAAACAGCACACAGAGUUAUAGCUUCUGUUGGGCGGAAGCCUGUGGACGGGACAAGGCCAGACAAUUUGUGGGCAAGCAAAAACUAUUAUCCAAAACAAAAUGCCAGGGACUAUUGCUUACCAAGCAGUAUCAAAAGAGACAAGAGGUCAGCUGACAAGCUAAUGCCAGCAGGCUCAACCAUUAAGCAGGAGGACAUAUUGUGGGGAGGAACGGGCCAGUGCAGAUCAGCUCAACAGCCAAGAAGAGCUUACUCUUUCCAACCCAGACCUCUUCGACUGCCCAAGCCCACAGAUUCCCAAAGUGGUAUUGCUUUCCAAACUGCCUCAGUGGGGCAGCCUCUGGGAACUGUUCAAAAGGACAGUAGUAGCAGAUCAAAGAAAAACUUCUAUAGAAAUGAAACCUCCAGCCAGGAGUCUAAGAACUUGUCCACACCAGGAACCAGAGUUCAGGCCAGAGGAAGAAUCCUACCUGGUUCCCCUGUGAAGAGAACCUGGCACCGACAUCUUAAAGACAAACUCACACACAAGGAGCAUAACCACCCCAGCUUCUAUAGGGAGAGAACCCCACGCAGUCCUUCUGAGAGAACCUGUCAUAACCCCUCUUGGAGAAACCAUCGCAGUCCCUCUGAGAGAAGCCAACGCAGUUCCCUGGAGAGAAGACAUCACAGUCCCUCUCAGAGGAGCCACCGCAGUCCCUCUAGGAAAAACCAUUCCAGUCCCUCUGAGAGAAGCUGGCGCAGUCCGUCUCAGAGAAAUCACUGCAGUCCCCCCGAGAGGAGCUGUCACAGUCUCUCUGAAAGGGGCCUUCACAGUCCCUCUCAGAGGAGCCAUCGCGGUCCCUCUCAGAGAAGACAUCACAGUCCCUCAGAGAGAAGCCAUCGCAGUUCCUCAGAGAGAAGCCAUCGCAGUCCCUCUCAGAGGAGCCAUCGCAGUCCCUCUCAGAGGAGCCAUCGCGGUCCCUCUGAGAGAAGACAUCACAGUCCCUCUAAGAGAAACCAUCGCAGUCCCGCUUGGAGGAGCCAUCGCAGUCCCUCAGAGAGAAGCCAUCACAGUCCCUCUGAGAGAAGACAUCACAGUCCCUCUGAGAGAAGCCAUCGCAGUCCCUCUGAGAGAAGACAUCACAAUCCCUCUGAGAGAAGACAUCAGAGUCCCUCUGAGAGAAGACAUCAGAGUUCCUCAGAGAGAAGCCAUCGCAGUCCCUCUGAGAGAAGACAUCACAGUCCCUCUGAGAGAAGACAUCACAGUCCCUCUGAGAGAAGACAUCAGAGUCCCUCAGAGAGAAGCCAUCGCAGUCCCUCUGAGAGAAGCCAUCGCAGUCCCUCUGAGAGAAGCCAUCGCAGUCCCUCUGAGAGAAGACAUCACAGUCCCUUGGAGAGGAGCCGUCACAGUCUCUUGGAGAGGAGCCAUCGCAGUCCCUCUGAGAGGAGAUCUCACAGGUCCUUUGAGAGGAGCCACCGUAGGAUUUCUGAGAGAAGUCACAGUCCCUCAGAGAAGAGCCACCUCAGUCCCUUGGAAAGAAGCCGUUGCAGUCCCUCUGAGAGGAGAGGACACAGUUCCUCUGGGAAAACCUGUCACAGUCCCUCUGAGAGGAGCCAUCGCAGUCCCUCCGGGAUGAGGCAAGGGAGGACCUCUGAGAGGAGCCAUCGAAGUUCCUGUGAGAGAACCCGUCACAGUCCCUCUGAGAUGAGGCCAGGGAGGCCCUCUGGGAGGAACCAUUGCAGUCCCUCUGAGAGGAGCCAACGCAGUCCCCUUAAGGAGGGACUCAAGUACAGUUUCCCUGGAGAGAGGCCCAGCCAUAGUUUGUCUAGAGAUUUCAAGAAUCAAAUAACUCUCCUCGGGACCACACAUAAAAAUCCCAAAGCAGGGCAAGUAUGGAGGCCUGAAGCUACUCGAUGAGGUGAGGUCCGCCCCUAUUAUUCAUUGUCCUAAGUCUUCAUCGUGCUGCCCUUUCCAGGCUUCUUUCCUGCUCAGCCACUGCCUCCAAUUCCUGC